CAUUACAAAAUUCGUCGAAAUUUAAUUUCGCCAAUUAAUUAUACGCAGAAAAAAUGUGAAAGAGAGAGCUGACUUUGGCAAAGAAUCACAUUUCAGAUCCUUUUAUAGAAAGCCCAUUUCGAUUCUGGCUAUGCGACGAUGUCAGUGCUGAGAUUUCUGUGUGUGUUGGUCGCGGCGCUGGUCGGAGGCGGAGCUGCGGCGGCGGUGGCUGGGACUGCGCCGUACAGAGUUCACACGCUUUUCUCGGUGGAGUGCCAGAACUACUUCGAUUGGCAGACGGUGGGGCUCAUGCACAGCUUCCGCAAGGCCGGGCAGCCCGGCCCGAUCACCCGGCUGCUGAGCUGCACCGAGCAAGAGAGGAAGAAUUAUAAGGGCAUGGACUUGGCUCCCACCUUUGAGGUCCCUUCCAUGAGCUUGCACCCCAAGACUGGUGAUUGGUAUCCGGCGAUUAAUAAACCAGCUGGUGUUGUCCACUGGCUUAAACAUAGCAAAGAAGCAGAAAAUGUUGAUUGGGUGGUUAUAUUGGAUGCUGAUAUGGUUGUUCGAGGUCCAAUCUUACCAUGGGAGCUUGGUGCUAGAAAGGCAGGCCAGUUGCUGCAUAUUAUGGAGGACAUAGUAAGAGUAGCUAGGAACGUGUGA